AUGUCAGUGAAGAAGAAAAGUGAAAAAUCUGACGAUAAGACGUGGAGCGUAGUGAGCUUCGAUAACAAUACGACUUUGCAACGGGACGAUCGCGUUUCUGUCGAAACGAUUUCAGAAGAAGGACUGUGUGAUGAUGUCUUGUCGAAUACUAGUUCAGAUGAGUGCGAUUUACCCAUGAACGCUAUGGGAGGGCCAAAGGUGACCGAGUUUGGAUUUGACACCCUUGUGGCGCAAACGGAAAUUGCGCCGGAAAUUCCCAUCAAUUCGGCGCAAAGCUCGAUCAACCACCCACUUUCCCGCUGCUUUGCACCUUUGUUGGAAAAUCGCGUUACUCGUGCCGUAGCCCAGUUGCAAACAUGGCAAAUCGUUCUUUUGACUUCUUCUACGACUUUGUUUCUCACUUGUGUUGUCCGAGCACUUUUACAGGCGUCAGCUACAAGUGUUGUACAUGAGACAUCUACUGCUCCAUACUUUACUAAUCACGGUGCGACGUACCGCGACGUAGAUUUUGUGUUGCCCUUCGGGGAUGUUCCAGCAGGUGUAACCAAAUACAUCGUGGAUUUUGAGAAUAGGGUUGCAUACCCGAUUGUUCCAGAGGUUCCGUUCUGGGAAUCUGCGAAGGCGAGCUUCAACCAAAAAGCGUCUGCUUUGCGGGAAGAUUUGAAAGAGUUCGGAUGUCAAAAUGUCCAAAAGUUGAGCGACGGACUGCAUCUAACUAAUUCGGCAAUUCAGACAUCGUUAGGAAGAGUCAAAUCCUCGACAUUGAGCAAAUUUAGCUCUGUCCCUCUCUACUUAAAAUCUUUACCACAAACAGUAAACCAAGCUUUUAGGGGUCAAGUUGUUAAGAGGUUCACAUUUUUCAGAAAGGCGUUCCAAAUGCAGGCUUCGGAGCAUUUGAUGACCCUUCAUGGCAAGUACUCUAAUUGUGAGAGAGUUGUGAAGUCAAUUCCCCAUGAUUUGGAGCGUCUGGGACCCAAAUUUAAGUGCACUUGGUUAAAGGCUUUAACUAAUACUAGGCAGUUUCAGCGAGAAGCAAAUGUUCUUUUAUUUGAUAAAUGGAAUAAUACGAUGGAAAUGUUAAGGUUAAAGAAAACGACCGUUAAGAAUUGA